GCAAAGUAUUAUUAUGCUAUAAAAUAAAGGUGAACUUCAAUAAAAUAGCAAGGUUGAGUAAUCGAAAAAAAUUAGUGUAAAACUGUAAUUACGGCUCGAUAAGGGGGAUAAUCAAGAAUCGAAUGAGAAUCAAAUUAUAUAAAGUGUCUCUGUGUAUUAUUAGGAUCAGAAGGAAAUGAAUAUUGAUUUUGCUCAAAUCAAAAUGGAAAAGGACAAUAACAAUAUAUGGUUUGCUAAUAUUGAGAUUGAUCCUAAUAGUGUUUACAAAUACUAUUACAAAUUGAAAUAAAAAAAUAAAAUCAAAAAAGAACCUCAAACAAGAUAUUUUUAAUAUAAUUCGUUGGGCAGAAUAGCAAUAGAUGAAUGGAACUGUGUUUGGUGUUUGUAUAGAUAUAAAGUGGAGGAUCCUGGAAUAUUGGAUGCUUUUCAAUUAAAGAUAAAGGAUUAUCAGAAAAAGUCAUAUCAAAGCAUUGAUCAUUAGAAUGAGAGUGAAGCUGGAAUCACUUACAUGGAGUGUUCAGAAAAUCUCAAGUUUGCAGAACAAUAGAAAAGAUAAUUUGCUUUUAUAUAUAAAAAUAAUUAGGACUAAGUGGAAUUGAGUAAUUAAUUUGAUCCAAGGACAGGAAAUAGUUAUAUGAACAAUUUUGUAUUGAAUAAGUUUAAGGAGAGCAUAAUCUUAAGUAACGAAUAAGAAGAGAAAAUCAGAUAGUGUCUCUCUUAAAAGUAAGAUGUCGUUUCAACAAAAAAAAAUGACCAAUAAUACCUAUAGAGAAUACAGGAAUUAGAAAAUAAAUUUAACAUGAAGGUUGUUGAAGCAAAUAAUUAUAGAUUGCAAUUAGAUUAAGAGACUUAAACAAAAAAAAGUUUUUAAGAAAAAAUUAUAAAAUUGGAGUCCCAUUUGAAGGAUGUUGAUUCGUAAAAUAAAGAUUUAGAGUAUACUUUAGUACGUAAUAAAUAAAUGUAUGAGUAUGAUCUCAAAGAAAUACAGUCUGAGAGUAAGUAUUAGAUUAUGAAGAACAUGGAAGAGCAAAAUAAGGAAUUUCAAGAUAAGUUGGAAUAAAUCUAAAAAAGAAACAGCGAAAUGUUGAAACAAGAGUAAGAGAGAAUGGAACAGGAUUAGAGAGCUUUGUAAAUGAAAUCUCAAGAAGUAAUAAAACAAUAUAUUGAAAGGCUUGAUGAGGCAAAUCAACAAAUUAGACAUCAUAAAUUAAAAUCAUUUAGUUUUUAAAGUGAUGAUAUCAUUAUAUCAAUUGAUCAAUCUGAAGUACCAGAUUAGUUUUAGCAAAAUAUUAGUGAUCUAGAAUCGACAAUUGUAUCAUAUAAGAAUAUCGAAGAAACUCUGAAAAAGGAGAAGGAUGAAAUUGAGCAAUAUUAUUAGGAAAAGAAUAUCAAAGAAAAAUCAAUUUAUUAAAAAAAGGCUUAAGAGUUACUUAGAAGGGGUGAAUAUUGUUAGAAAGAAUUGGAUAAAUGUAAAAUGUUGUUGGAAUAGAAAAUAAAAGAAUCUGAGGUCUAGGCUGAAGAGAAUAAUUUCAAAGUAUAACAGUAUAAAGCACAGUUAAAAAAACUGAAAUCACAAUUUUAGCAGAAAUCUUAAGAUUUAGAAGUUUUUAUCAAGGCUUAUAAGGAAUUAGAAUAAAGGUUAGAAGAUGAGUAAUAAAAAAAUAUGAAGUUGAAACAAGAACUCGAUAACACAAUCGAAUCCUCUGAAAAAAAGAGAUAAGAAGAAUUUGAACGUUUUUAAAAGGACCGUGAAUCUGAAAUGAAGUAGCUCCAAGAGUAAAGUCAAUAAUAAUUGCUGUUGGAGAAGGAAAAGCAUGAAAAACUUUAAUAGGAACAAUAAUGCUAGCAAAAGAAGUUGAUUGAUGAAACUGUCCAAUUUACUUAUCAAAAAAUAGAAGAUGAAAUCUUAUUCCCCUAUUUUGAUGCAUAAUAGAAAUUCCAUGAUAAUCUAAUUCUUAAUUUCAGAAGCGAGAUUAAAACUGUUAUCAAAGAAAAUAUUAAUAACUUCGAAACACCAGUCAACUAAUUAUCAUAUAGGUUAUCUCAAAUUGAAGAAGAAAAGUUAGAAGAAUAGAAGAUGGAAGCUCUUUAGAAACAUGAAGAUCUAGUUUAAGCAAUUCAACAAUUCAAAGAAGAAUCAAAAAUCGAAAAUGCGAAGAUGUUAAAAUAGGCUUUCAUUCAAUAUGCUACUGCAUGCAAUAAAAUCUCUGAUAUGGCUAUGAAAACAAACUUCAUGAAUGACUAGGAUGGAGAAUAAAUCUACUAAAUAAAUCAUUGGAAAUCAAUUUUAGAUUAAAAAUUAGAUUCUUUACAAAGAUCACUUAGUUUUUCAAAUGAACUAUCUGAAUGGUAACAACAGUUCCAAAGUAGUAGAGAAAUCAUUACUAAAGCAUAUGAAGAUUUGUAAAAGAAACAACAAAGAUUCACUCAAUGAGGU